AUGAAGUUUUUCCAGCAAAAUUUGGCGCAUAAGAAAAAUGUCAUCAACCAGCCAGCCGUACCGCGAACCACUGCCCAAGCCGUCCCGGUGUUUAAUCUAUCCGGCCAAGCGGGCCCGAAGCCUCAACUGAACAUCAAAGCCGCCCCAAAGCCUAGUUUUCAACCAACGCUCAAACCGUCCGUGAAUCCUGUAAAGGCUACUCCACUAAACGAUGCCGCGCCUCUCAAAUUUUUACCCAAUGCUGCACUGGAAGAUAAGGAGGAAGAGCCGGAACCCACCUCAUCAAAUGCCCCGACGUUUACUGCACCGGCGAUCAAGCCCGGGUUUGGUGGGAAGAGCCGUGGACUGGGCGUCGCGGCGAAUAUCAUGAGCAAAAUGGGAUACAAACAAGGUUUCGGUCUCGGCAAGUCAGAGCAGGGCAUUAGCAGCGCGUUGACAGUUCAACGAGUGGGACAAAAUGCCGGGCAGAUUUUGACAGAAACUCAGGCGGCAAUCAAAGAAGCUCAAAAAGCGGCACCACGAGGCGUUGGGACGGCGAACGUGGCGGAUGCGAUGAAGCAUUCGAGCCGCGUAGUGCUUUUACGGAAUCUCGUGGGGAAAAGUGAGGUGGACGCCGACCUGCAAUCGGAGAUCGAGGCCGAGAUGGGCAAGUACGGCACCGUGUCCAGUUCACAUAUUCAUUUGAUGCCUGAGGGUACCCCAGAGGACGAGGAGGUGCGGAUAUUUGUCGAGUAUUCGAACGUCCCUCAAGCAAUCAAGGCAUUUAUCGUCCAGAAUAACCGAUUUUUCGCCGGGCGCAACAUUCGGGCGACAUUCUACUCCCCCGACGACUAUAACGACCGGAUCUACGACGUGGAGACGAUCACC